GCACUAAUUUAAUUAUUGUCUUUUCUUUCUUUUCUUUAUAAGUGACUACAUAUAAUUUUCUUUCAAAGCAUAAUUAGUUUUGUUUCCCAAACUGACUAAUACAUAUGACUUGUCAUCAAGUUUAACCAUCCAUUCCCUUCCUUUACAGAUGUUCGAAACUCUCUAUGAACAAACAGAAUAUGGAUUUUGAUUUUGAUUUUUCCUCAUGCAUCAGGUCUCUGUAAAAUGAAAAUGUCCUAUCAUGUAAUGAAAGACAUAUAAUGACCAACGAGAUCAUUGUUCUUUCUUUUUAUUCUCCUUUGGGAGAAAGGCAAGCCCCCACAAUCAUCACAUAGUCUUCCUUAUAGAAAAUCUUGUGAGGAGAAAUCUUGGUAUCAAGGUUUAACAUCUUUUUGCAUGCUUGAGUGAGGCAAUUAUCCAAUUAAUUCAUUCUAUCAAGGUUUAACGUCUGUCUACAAGCUAACGAUAUGCGUCUGCUACUUCAUGAUGUAUUUGGGGCUGGAAGUGAUACCUCAGCUUCAACAAUGCAAUGGACCAUGUCGGAGCUAAUGAGAAAUCCUAGGGUGAUGAACAAGGUACAAAAAGAAGUACGUGAUGCUCUCAGAGGAAAAUCCAAAGUGAUAGAGGACAAUGUCAAAGAACUAAAUUAUUUGCAAUUAGUAAUCAAAGAAACUUUGAGGUUGCACCCUCCUCUUCCAUUGUUACUGCCACGAGAGUGCCAAAAGGAGUGUGAAUUAUUAGACUAUAAGAUACCAGCUAAACGAGUAGUUGUGAAUGCAUGGGCAAUUGGAAGAGAUCCACAAUACUGGGAAGAUGCUGAGGAGUUUAAACCUGAGAGAUUUGAAAGAAGCAUGAUAGACUUCAGGGGAACAAACUUUGAGCUAUUACCAUUUAGAGCAGGGAGGAGAAUGUGCCCAGGAAUUCUAUUUGGGCUGGGUACGAUGGUACUUCCACUUGCUCAAUUGCUUUACUACUUUGAUUGGUAGCUUCCCACUGCCAUAAAAAACAAGUCCGAGAGUCUUGACAUGUCCGAAUCAUUUGGAAUAACUGUCCAUAAAAGUUUGACCUACUUUUGCGUGCCACUAAUAUUUCACAUACAAAGAAUCAAUAAGUGUUAUUGCAAUAUGUUAAAUGCUAGAAAAUACAGAAUGGACGUAGGUAUUGUUAUGUUUGAACUUCUUUUUCUUUUUAUGAAUAUUGAUACUGUAAUUAUGAAUUCAGUGUCUAUAUCUAGUGAAAAUAAAUAUGGCCUAGAAUCUGAUCCAGAUGGCAACCAUAUAUUAUUCAAUGACUGAUGUCCAAAAGGGAAAUUAUUUCAAUCUUGUGUUUAAUGUAUUUGUCAGGAAAAAGAUCAUCUAUUUCACAUUAUGCAGUUUUAUAUAUACUUUGACCCACACGAAGUUGUUCAGUCUUAUACAUUACGAUUACAUUAGGAAAUGUGUUCAAAUAUUUGAAUGUAUGUCCACUGAUUAUGUCAAAUAAUUUAAUGUUAACCAUUCCCUUAUGGAUAUCCAUGUUUGUCAAAUUACAACACACUGUAUAUCAAAAUAAGUGUUUUUGUCGCCAUUCUUUUACACAUUUAUUUUUUCUUUUUCCUUCAAAAUAGAGCAACUUCAAUCAGAGUAACAUGAAGCCAGAAAAUAUUAUAUCACAACCCAAUCAAUUUAGAAUGGUAUUGCAAAACUAGAUGCUGACAUGUAGAAAAUACAAGUCGUGAUGAUAUGAAUAUUAUGCUAACAAGGUUAUGGUCCAGAUGCAGCAAGCAUGAAGAAACCAUCAGUGUAGCAUGAAAAAUUUGAUCCCAUUAAAAAAGAAAUACUGAAUGUCUAUCUAGGAUAUAGAAAUUCUUA